ACAACCUUCACCCCACAGCACCCCACCGGGAUCACCUCGCCGCGCCACCCGCUGCCAUGAAUCGCAGCGCGCGCGCGCACCGCAGCACCAAGGUGCCCGGCGUCAAGCUGCGCCCCGCGCCCAGCGAUGCCGACGCCAGCGGCAGCGGCAGUGCCAAGCGUGCGCGCCGCGACGCCAGCCGCGCCGACGCCGACGAGGAUGCGGCGCACUUCCGCGCGCUGCGCGAGGCGCAGCGCAGCAGAGAGGAGCAGCACGGCCCCGAGGGCAGCGAGACGGCGCGCGACUGGGCCGAGCGCCCGCUGCGCGGCGCCACGCUGUGCAUGACGGGCCUCGGCUCGGAGGAGAAGGUUGCGCUGCAGAAGGCCGCCGUCGAGCUCGGCGCCAGCUGCGACGGCAACCUGACCGACGACGCGACGCACCUCAUCGCCCGCACGCCCGGCUCGGAAAAGUACCGCUGCGCGCUGACGCUCGGCGUGCCCGUGCUGAGCCCCGCCUGGCUGACCGAGCUGCGCCGGCGCUGGGUCAUGGCCGAGCCGUGCGAGCUGGCCGCGCUCACCGAGGAGCACACGCUCAAGACGUUCGAGGGCCUCAACAUCGUCCUUGCCGGCUUUCAAGACCCGAAGCAGCGCGCGGCGCUGCGCUCACAGAUGGGAGCGGCCGGCGCCGAGACGCCGCAGUCGCUCGACAUGAUCCCGGGCCGGCACUCGCACAUCGUCUGCGAGCACGACGCGCCGCAGCACUCCAACACGCUCAAGGCCGUGGUCAAGUUCCGGCAGCGCGCCAGCCGCUUCCAGCGCCGUGGCGAGGCGCUGCCCUCCGAGGGCGAAGGCAUGCAACUGCGUGCUGCGGUGGACCUGCUGUGUGUGCGUGCCGAAUGGGUGGAGGACUCGCUGGCGAUUGGUGCGUGUAUGGACGAGAAGAAGUACGACAUCUUCGAGGCAGCGCCCAGUGCUGCAGAGCGCGAGGCGAACCUGCAAGCGAUCCGCGAUGCACGCGUCGCCAAGACCAAGGCCUUCGCUGCUCGUGCCGCCGCUGUGCCCAGACACAUCGUGCCGAGCACCCUCAACGCUCUGGCUGUGCAAGGCCGGCGCGGCGAGUCGAGUCUCCUGCGCAGCAUCGCCGCCUCGACGACAGAGGUGGACUCGGAGGAGCUGCGGAAGCGCGAGCAGGGCGGCGGCCUGCUCGCCAUCUCGCGAGAGGCGGCCUUCGAGGGACCCUCGGACAGGCUGCAGGUCUCGCGCACGCACGUCGCGGCCACUGCGACGCCCGAGCCACGCCAUGGUCGGGCGAGCCCGGAGAAGACCGAGGCUGCCCCUGCUCGUGAUGCCAAGUCCGAGGCCGGGCCGUCUCGCCAGCCGGCGGGCGUCUUCGGCGGCAUCACGGUGCGCAUCGAUCUGGCCGACGAGAGCCACGAGGCCGUGGUGCGCAAGGCGGUCAAGGAGCACGGUGGCAAGGCGAUUGCGGCGAGCGAUGCCGCGCCCGCCAACUACUGCGUCAGCGCCGUGAGCCGGCCAGACGGCGGCGUCGAUGAGCCGCACAUUGGCGAGCGCGUGACGCACUUCUGGAUUGAGCGAUGCACAUUUGAAGGGCGCCUCGUCGCGCCGGCAGAGCACGCCUUUGCGCGUCCGACAAGCGUGCGGUGGCCGCUGCAGGGCGUGCAGCAGCUGCGCAUCGCCACGACAUCCAAGGUGACGGUCGAGGACAAUCAAGUCGAGCGCGUGCUGGCGUCGAUGGGCCUCACGACGGCCUCGUCGUUCAAGCGCUUCAAGUACUCGCAUCUCUUCUGCGGCAAUGGCGGUGCGCAGGCCAACGCGGAGAACAUCAAGGUGCAGGCGGCGCAGCAGUGGGGGGUGCCGCUGAUCGACGUCGAUGCCGUGCGGGCGGCGUACGAGACGGGCAUCUGGGAGACGGGCGCGCCCAUCGCCUCGCGUACUUCGUCGACGUCGUCGAAUGCAGCGGCAAACGGCGCCGCCUCGGUCGCUGCGCCGUCCAACACCACGGGCUCGCAGACGCAAGCGGCGCUUCCGCCAACGUCGCGCCUCUGCAACGACAUCACCAACAGCGAGUCGCUGUCGCAGCAGCGCAGGGCGCAGGCAGCGGCCGUGAGCAUGGACGCAGGCAAGGGCGACGAGAGCAUGGCGAUGAGCGAGGUUGCUGAGCCCGAGGCGAUCAAGAACGACGGGCGCAUGGCGCCGCCUGCGCCGCGACCACUGCCUCCGCCUGCAGCACCAGCCGCAGCACCCAACGCUGCUCCCGCGGCUGCUGCGCCCCUGCCAGCCGUCACGUCUCCCUCUGGCACGGCGCCGAGUCAGCGCGCCGCGUGGGACCAGUCGAUGGACCAGGCGACGUACGUCAACGAGCAGGGCGCCGCCGAAGUCAUCGGGCUGCUGCAGACGCGUCCGCGGCGGCCGAGCACGUCGAGUGCGCUGCCCAUGGCGCGCGUCAAGUCCAAGGGCAAAGCGCCGCCGCGCGUGCGCAGCGGCCGGCGCGCCGCCUCGGGCGGCCCGCGCAGCGUCAGCAUCAGUCCCGAGAAGCUGCAGCGCGCCGAGGGCAGCGAGCCGCCGGGCGGCCGGCGCGAGCAGGAGCAGCACGGCGAAUGGCAGCAUGCCGCAGCGUCCGAUGGCGAUGCCGACGUCGCCAGUCCGCGCGUGCGGGGCUCGGACGAGCUGGGCAGCACGGCGGCCGUCGAGAGCAUCUGCAUCGUGUACCAGGACCCCUCGACGACAAAGGCGCGCGCCGAGCUCGAGGCGCUCUUCCGCGCGCCCCCUGCCGACGGAGCAAGCAACGGCGGUGCGGCGCCCAGCUCCGACUCGCUCAAGUGGGAACAUCGCCCGCGCGCAUCGCCGCACACGCCUGAGCGGCCGCCACGCGGCGGCGCAGCGGCUCGCAAGUCCAAGUCCGGCGGCGGCCGGCUGGCCACGUCGGCUGCGCCACGCUGAGCUGCAUCGUCUCGCGUCUCUCUCUCUCUCUCAUCGCACCGUCUCUUUGCAUCUCUUAUCCAUCGCGCCACGCUUGGUGCGCUGCCUAUUUCAUUCGAGCAUCCUCGCUACAGCCCUCCUGGCCCCCACACUGCAUCCUCCUACCAUUCCCAGCUCCCGUUGAUGCCGCCCUGCGAUCCCUCUCCCGGACCCACCCAUUCCCCUCUCUCAUUCCCGACCACAGCCCACCUCAUUCCCGCCUGUCUCCAUUCGCAUCGCCCAGAGCCCACAUUUCCGCAAUGACAUCUCUCA